AUAUCAUUUAUGAUUAAAUCGGUGCUUUUCAUUUCAAUUGAGAGACUGAUAGAGUUCGAUGAUCAGACUACACUAUCGUUGAUAAUCCCAUUGCUUGCAUAUAUUGUGUAUAUUAUUCAGUUCUCUCCAACAAAAUAUCCGUUGAACCAUGGGAUUUUUGACUGGAAAAGGUUUCUCUUACCUGUAGUUUGUGGGUAGGCGUCGACGUGGCACGAUACUCGAUACAUCAGCUGCUAUGAACCUACCUGUGACUUCUCCGUGGAGAAUGGCGCAUUACGGAAGAGUGGGGCCAAAAGGAAAGGACCGGUUUUUCUGGUUUUCAAUAUCUUCGAUCCUUAUAGCCUAUUCUUGCUACCUUCACCACAGCAUGCUAUAAGAUAUAGUUGCCAGGUAUCGGGACAAGAUGGCAGUCAGUAAUAUCAGUAAGUAACAACGACCAGGAAGUACUUUAUACUCCGAGCAAAUGGAGCAAAAGAUUCGAUCAAAUGCAAAUAUUGUCAAAUUAUUGUAAAUUUUCUAAAGAGGUUACUGAAAAUGCUCGUAAAACUUUAAAAUGUGAACUUGAUAUUCCGUAUGGAACAUCAAAAGGAACUAAAUACGAUAUUUAUGGAACUGACUUACCUAAAGAUUCCCCUAUAUUUAUAUUCAUUCAUGGUGGUUAUUGGCAAGAAGGUAGUAAAGAUAUAUCUGCAUAUGCAGCUCCUGUCUUUGUUAAUAAAGGAAUUAAAGUUAUAACCAUUGGUUACGAUUUAUGCCCUAAUGUUAAACUUAGGGAUAUAAUAUCGCAGAUAAAAACAGCAAUUGCACAUAUACUAAAAUCUGCUUCGAGUCUCAAAUGUCGGAAUGUUUGGGUCUCUGGCCAUAGCGCUGGUGCACAUCUAGCGUCCAGUAUUUUAUACGAUAAAUUAUGGUUAGAUGAAAUGACAAAACAUGGAUACUUAUAUCUAUUAAAAGGUAUCGUGUUAAUAAGCGGUAUCUUUAAUUUGGAACCUCUUGUCAAUACUAGUAAUAAUACAGCUUUAAAACUUACAAAAAAUGAAAUCGACGCAUACAGCUUUACCACUCUAAAUACUAAGAAUAAUAUUCCUAUCCAAGGGUUAAAAGUUAUUGUAACCAAUGGAGAAUGUGAUUCACCAGUAUUUAUCAAUGAAUCACGCGAGUGUGCUCAGAAACUUAUUACAAUAGUAGAUAAUGUUCAAUAUAUUUUAUUAAGAGAAAAUAUCGAUCAUUUUGAUAUCGUAGAAAAUCUUACAAACGAGGAAUUUAUUUUGACGAAACUGAUAUUACGUAAUAUUUUUUAUGAUUAGAAAAGAACUUAUAUAAAAAUAUCAUACAUAUUGAACA